AAACGUCAAAAAUAAGAAAACAUAAUAUUAAUUAUAAAAAUGAUGUCAUUUAAUCCAUGGAAUGUCAUACUGUUACUGUAUGCAACAUUCUUUGCUUUAGACCUUCCACAAAGUCCGAUAAUUUCAGAGGAAAUAGAAGUGAAGGAGAAGGUUGAAUACAUACUGAAAGAAAUUGGAAAUGAUAACGAAUUUGAAAUAGAAGAGGAGCAAAUACUAGAUUUUUAUGAUCCAAAUGAAAUCCCACAUGCAGAAAUAAUUGAUUUGUUAGAUCAUGUUGAAGAUGAGAAUUAUCUUCCAGAAGAAGUUAUUUGUACUUCUGUUGAAGCAUAUCAAACAACUACAAAAGGCAAGCUGUGGAAUACUGGAGAAGCGGUAAAACAAAACCAAGAUCAUUGGAAUCGGUUAAAAACAAUUAUAAACAAGUAACAUCGCUACGACAAUUACGACGAUGGGAGAAGUAUAUCAAUGCAGGUACC